AUGAGUAAGCGAACGCAGCCGGCUUGGGAAAUUCCGAGUUCUGAUAAGCCAACGUUGAAAUUAUUUAAUAGUUUAACGAGACAAAAAGAAGAAUUUGUGCCUCAAAAUGGAAACCGGGUACUUUGGUACAGCUGCGGUCCGACUGUUUACGAUGCAUCACAUAUGGGACAUGCUAGGUCAUACAUAUCCUUCGACAUCUUACGCCGCGUAUUAUCCGACUACUUCAACUACGACGUGCACUACGUAAUGAACAUAACAGACAUCGACGACAAAAUAAUAAAGCGCGCCCGUCAAAACUACCUUUUCGAGUCUUACCUCGAAAAAAAUUCCUCAAGCUUGGAGCAGAUUCUUCAAGACACCCGCGAGGUGAUCACAAGCCUGUCUUUAACGAUCCACAGCGUCACUGAUCCAGACAAGAAGACAAUGCUGUCUUCAAUGCUCCAAAAAAUCCGCGAGUCUAUCGAAAACUUGGAAAACUCUAUAAAAAACAAGAAUGACGCGGAAAUAAAGACUUACCAGGCCCAAUUGCUGACCAACGCUAGAGACGCGAUAGCAGAUUGGCUGGACAAGAAGUAUGGCGCCCAAAUUUCAGACGAGAACCAUGAGAUCUUCGAAAAGCUGUCUUCCUAUUGGGAAUUGAAGUUCCAUGAAGACAUGGACGCUCUAAAUGUGCUCAGGCCGAAUGUUUUGACGAGGGUCAGCGAAUACGUCCCGGAAAUAGUCGAGUUCAUUGAGAAGAUUAUCGAGAAUGGGCUUGCCUAUGUCUCAAAUGGUUCCGUUUACUUUGAUGUCAACAAAUUUGACGCAGAUGGGCGCCAUCAUUACGCCAAAUUGGUCCCAGAAGCUUUUGGGGAUGUUAGUAGUCUUCAGGAAGGCGAGGGCGACCUCAGUGUUGGGGCUGACAAGCUUUCCGAGAAGAGAUCGGUCAACGAUUUCGCGCUCUGGAAGAAUUCUAAGGCUGGGGAACCUGCUUGGCCCAGUCCUUGGGGAAAAGGAAGACCCGGUUGGCACAUUGAGUGCUCGGUGAUGGCCAGUGCUAUUUGCGGACCAAGCUUGGACAUCCAUACUGGAGGUGUCGAUCUCAAGUUUCCCCAUCAUGACAAUGAAUUGGCCCAAUCUGAAGCUUAUUUUGAUAAUGAUCACUGGGUUAGGUACUUUUUGCAUUCUGGGCAUCUGACGAUAGCUGGAUGCAAAAUGUCCAAGUCGCUGAAAAAUUUCAUUACUAUCAAUGAAGUCUUGAAAAAACAUACCGCUAGGCAGUUGAGGCUUGCGUUUUUGCUACAUUCGUGGAAGGAUACGUUGGAUUACAGUGAGGGGACCAUGGAAAUGGCUGUUCAGUAUGAAAAGUUUGUUAAUGAAUUUUUCUUGAACGUUAAGUGCCAAAUUCGUAAUUUAGGUACCGGAGUAUCCUUACAAACCUUCACCAAAUGGAACCCCCUGGAAAUGGAACUAAACAGUAAAUUCUCUUGUGCAAAAGACAAUAUCCACAAGUCGCUUUGUGACAACGUUGACACCCGGACGGUGUUGGACAUAAUCAGAGAUUUGGUUGGACACUGCAAUAUCUACUUAAAAGACUCAAAAAAUCCCAACAUCCUUCUACUCAAGGACAUCGCUGUCUACGUCACAAGAAUGCUGACGAUUUUUGGCGCGAUAAAAAGCUCCGAAGGAAUUGGAUUUCCUUUGGACACUGAAGCUUCUGUUGACGUGGAACAAAUCGCGAUGCCGUACCUUGAAAUUCUGUCUAACUUCCGCGAGAAAAUUCGCGCUCACGGCAAAGAACUGAAGUCUAAGGAAAUCCUGAUGGAAUGCGACAAACUCCGCGAUGAAAUUCUGCCCAACGUCGGAGUCCGGCUUGAAGACGACAUGGAUUCAGGGACUUCCAAGAUAAAGCUUGUUAAUAAGGAAGAGUUGCUUAAAGAGCGCGAAUUGAAGCGCAAAAACGAGGAGGAAAAAUUGGCGGAAAAGGAACGCAAGAAGGCUGAAAGCAAUCAGAAAGCUUUGGAGCGCGAAGAAGCCAGGAAAAUUUCUCCAAAGGAGAUGUUCAGGAGCCAGACUGAUAAGUACUCAAUGUUUGAUGACUCAGGACUGCCGACUCAUGAUAAUUUGGGCAAGGAGUUAAGCAAGGGACUGAUUAAGAAGUUGCAGAAGUUACAACUUGCGCAGGAGAAAAAGUAUAAUGAAUAUUUGGAGAGUCAGAAAUAA